GGUUAAAAGAAGAGCAGGAAGAUGUCUGAGAUGCAUUCGGGAGCCUCUCGGAAGGUAACUUCCUGCUCAAACCAACCACGGAGGAGGCCAGUACAGAUUCAGUUAUAAAAACAAAGCAGGGGAAUUGCCCCUACCCCGGAUUUUUGCCAUCCACGGAGGGUUUAUUCCUCCCCCCGGCCUAGGGCCAAGGAGCAGAGCAGCAGCGGAGGGAGACAGAGGAUGAGGCUGAGCGCGGAGAGGAGCAGCGCGGGGCGGUGGCGGCAGGUAUUGUUGCCCUUUCUGCUUUCUUUGUUCCGCGGGGCUCUCCCGGACCAAAUCCGCUAUUCAAUCCCCGAGGAGCUGGCUAAGAACUCGGUGGUAGGAAACCUCGCCAAGGAUCUGGGGCUCAGAGUCCGGGAUCUGCCGGCCCGGAAGCUGCGGGUUAGCGCAGAGAAGGACUAUUUCACUGUAGAUCCUGACAGCGGGGACUUACUUGUGAGCGACAGAAUAGACCGAGAGCAGAUUUGCGGGAAGAAGCCUCUGUGUAUUCUGGAUUUUGAUGCGGUCGCUGAAAAACCACUAAAUAUUUUCCAUGUAGCAGUAGUAGUGCAGGAUAUAAAUGACAAUAUGCCCUUAUUCAAACAGAGUAAGAUUGAUUUAAAAAUAGGAGAAUCCACUAAGCCAGGUAAAACAUUUCCACUAGACCCGGCCCUGGAUUCGGAUGCUGGUCCUAAUUCACUGCAAAGGUACCACCUCAAUGACAAUGAGUACUUUGAUCUCACGGAGAAACAGACUCCAGAUGGACGUAAGUAUCCUGAGUUGAUCCUGAAACAUUCUCUGGACAGAGAAGAGAAGAUUUUCCAUCAACUGGUCCUCACAGCUGUGGACGGUGGAGACCCACCCCAAAGUGGCACCACCCAGAUCCAAAUCCAAGUCACGGAUGCCAAUGAUAACCCCCCGGUGUUCAGCCAGGACGUGUACAGGGUCAGCCUGAGGGAGGGCGUGCCCCCCGGCUUCCCUGUGCUUCAAGUGACGGCCACGGACCAGGACGAGGGCAUUAACGCGGAGGUCACCUACUCCUUUCAUAAUGUGGACGAACAAGUGGAACAAUUUUUUAACUUAGAUGAAACAACAGGAGAAAUCACCACGAAGGAUCAUUUUGAUUUCGAAAUGGUUAAUAGUUACACCCUCGGUAUAGAAGCGAAAGAUCCUGGGGAUCUAGCAGCCCACUGCAGUAUCCAAGUCGAAAUCCUCGAUGAGAAUGAUUGUGCCCCUGAAGUGAUUGUGGCCUCCGUGUUUACUCCUCUUCCAGAGGAUUCACCACCAGGAACGGUGAUCGCCUUGAUAAAAACAAGAGAUAGAGACUCUGGAGAAAAUGGAGAGGUUUACUGCGGCCUAUUGGGAAAGACGGAGUUUACAUUGAAAUCUUACUCAAAGAACUACUACAAGCUGGUGACAGACAGGACCCUGGACAGAGAACAGACCCCGGAGUACAAUGUCACCAUCACAGCCACUGACAGGGGCAAGCCGCCCCUCUCCUCCAGCACCACCAUCACCCUGCGCGUCACUGACGUCAACGACAACGCCCCGGUUUUCCAGCAGCCAGCCUACCUGGUCCACGUGCCAGAAAACAACCCGCCCAGGGCCUCCAUCGCGCAGGUCAGCGCCUCCGACCCCGACCUGGGACCCAACGGCCAGGUGUCCUACUCCAUCGUGGCCAGCGACCUGGAGCCACGGGCGCUGUCGUCCUACGUGUCCGUGAGCGCGCACAGCGGGGUGGUGUUCGCGCAGCGCGCCUUCGACCACGAGCAGCUGCGCGCCUUUGAGCUGACGCUGCAG